CCCCCCUCCCUCUACCGCAUCCAUCCCCUCGGGAACUCCUCGCAUAGAAAUUCUGAUAUUCCAUUUAUUUAUUUGUUUAAAUCCUCCUGAACACGCGCCCUUUACGCCCUGUCUUUCCUUGUCACGUCAAACCUAUACGUGCUUGACCUCGAGGCCGCUUGACUCGUAUAUUCUUAUACUUUGUUCAAUUCCCGCUUGACGGUCUUCUUCUAUCCAGCAUUUUCUUGGAACCAGCCUGCUGCAGCACUCAAACGCGCCAUACCUAAACACAUGGCCGCCAUCCCUCCCUCCAGGUCCCGGAGCACCGAGAGUCUCUUUUCACCCGGCCAAUCCACACCAACUAGCUCGGUUGGGGAUAACAGCUGCGAUGUUCACUCUCAUCAAACUACCACCACCACCCCCACCACCACACCCCCCAACACGCCCCUAACCUCCCUAACCUCCCUAACCCACGCCUCCCUCCUCUCCCCCACCUCAAAAGGGUCCUCCACCCCCCUCUCCCUCCUCACAAUCGGCUUCGGCCCCGCCUCCCUCGCCAUCGCCAUCGCCCUCUCCGACCACCUCUCCUCCUUCCCCUCCUCCCCCUCCUCCCCCUCGCCCCCCGUCCUCUUCCUCGAAAAGCAACCUACCUUCGCCUGGCACUCCGGCAUGCAGCUCGCGGGGACACACAUGCAGAUUUCCUUCCUCAAAGACCUCGCUACGCCGCGUGAUCCUACGAGUCCGUUUAGUUUCUUGAAUUAUCUGUUUUCGAAGGGGAGGUUGCAGAAGUUUAUUAAUCUGGGGACCUUUUUGCCGGCGAGGAGGGAGUAUGAGGAUUACAUGCGUUGGUGCGCUUCUCACUUCUCCCGCGCUGUGAGGUACGGGACGGAGAUUACCAGGGUGGAUGCGGUGCAUAAUGAGGAGACGGGCAAGGUGGAUAGAUUCACCGUCCACUGGAUCGAUACCGCCACCGGCGCCCCGGGGUCAGCGACGGCGCGCAACGUCGUCGUCGCAACUGGUGGAAGCCCAGCUGUUCCUAGUCUCUUCGCGCCUUUCGCCACUGGUCCUGACGCGCGAUUCAUCCACUCCUCCCAAUACGCGACUUCAAUCCCGCACCUCUCCACCACCCUCCUCUCUCCCCCCGCACCGCAGCACUUGGUGGUAAUAGGCGGUGGCCAAUCCGCCGCAGAGAUCUACGUCGAUCUCGCGUCCCGCUUUCCGCGUUCGAAGAUCACGUUGUUGGUCAAGGAUACGUCGCUCAGGCCGUCGGAUGAUAGUCCGUUUGUGAAUGAGAUUUUUGAUCCUGAUCGCGUGACGCCUACUUUUGAGAUGGGGGCGGAGGAGAGGAAGGAGAAGAGGGAGAGGGAUAAGGGGACUAACUACGGCGUCGUCCGCCUGGAACUUCUGGAGAGGAUUUACUCCGAGUUGUAUGCGCAGGAGGUCGAUGAGCCGGUGGAGGAGAAGUGGAGAUGUAGGGUCAGGAAUAGCCAGACUGUUGUGGGAGUGGAGAGAUUUGAGGAUGGGGGGGUGAAGUUGGAGAUCGCAAGGACGGGGGAUGAGAAUGGGGAGAGAGAGGCGAUUGAAGCCGGGUUGGUGGUGUUUGCAACGGGGUAUGUGAGGGAUGCGCAUGUGCGGAUUUUGGAUGGGACGAGGGGGUUGCUUGAUGCUGAGCGUGCUGUUGCUGAGGACCCUGUUACUGCGACUGUUGAGGCACCUGUUGCUGAGACUGCGGCUCCGGAGACUGCUGUCCCUACGGAAGCUGUUGAGGCUGCUGCUGAAGCUCCUGCUGCUGUCGAGGCGGUAGCUGUUCCCGAUGCUGCAGAGACUGCUGCUGCUGUGGAAGCUCCUACUCCUACACCAGUUAUUGAGGCUACCCCUACCGUGGAGACUGCUGAGGUGAUAGCGACCCCUGUUGCGGUAGAGACGACCCCGGAGGCGACCGCGGAGACGGCGGUGGUACCAGAGGCUGCUACAGCACAGGAGACGACCACGGAAACAACAACGCUCCCAGAAACUACGUCGGUUGGGAAAUUGGAUGAGGAGGAGGUAAAGGUAACAGUCGAACUCGCACGCGCUCCAGCCGUCUUCCCAGUCGGCCGCGACUACAAAGUCCAAUACGCUGAGGGCGCGGUGGAGGAGGGGGCGGGGAUUUGGUUGCAGGGGUGUAAUGAGAAGACUCAUGGGUUGUCUGAUACGCUACUCUCGAUCCUCGCACACAGGGGGGGUGAGGUGGUACAGAGUAUUUUCGGCCCCAGCGCCUCCAAAUAAACGGUGUCCUUUGUCGCUUUGACGCGGCACAAUCAUUAAUGGAAAGAGAUGCCACGUCUACACGUCGAGUCGUGGCGGGACGGGGGGGUGGUAGGGGUGAAGAAAAUGAGGAAUGUGUCAAGAACGAAAAGGGGAAAAGGUGGAAAAAGAGGAGGAUAUUUAUAUAUACUAGGUAUGCAAUUGGUGGAAGGGGGUUGUUCAUAUAGGCGUCUUAUAUACGAUCAUAUUAGUCAGUUUUAGUUUGUUUUUUGUAUCUGAAUUGAUCCAUCGCAGUUUAUUUUUUUUGUAAAACUACAUCCCACCAUACUCCUGCAUUCCACAUCGCCGCUCCGAUUCGCACAUACACGACAACCACCCCCUCCCACACCCACUCCGAUGUCGGUAACGGACCCACCCCACGUAUCCCAUCCCCAACAUGCUAGUUGGUACCCAAGUGCGCCAGCCGCUUCUCGGACCGUGCUAUGUUGGGAUGGCGUGCGGCGUGUGCGGUGAGUGUGGGUGCUAGCACAGUGUCGAUGCGGGGGUUGUCAAGGAUGAGAUGAGAUGAACCCCCGGCACGCGUUGUUCUUUUCAUCUCGCGAGGCAUGGCACUCAACUUCCCCUUCUUCUCUCCCCGAGCGCUGCAGCGCGGUAUGGAGACAUUUCUUGCUGCGGUGCGUGGCAGAGCGGUACGCUCUCAUCCGUCCCGUUCCACUAUCGCCCGCCGUGCACUCGGUCCACCAAGCUAACCCUCGGCCGUGUCAAUCCCGCCUUCGUAAUUCUCAUCAUUCAGCCGCCCACCCCUUCCGCUCAGCAACCCCAACCAACAUCCCCAGCACCCCCUCCGCCCCCUCUCUCUCUCCCCUCCCUUC